AAAAAGUAAUAAACAUUUUUUCAAAUAUUUCUUCUUUUUCUAACAUGGUAUCAGAAUUAUAAGCUCAUGGUUCUUCUCCUUUAUCAUCACUACUUGGUUUUUGGGUUGGAUUUUUAGAUCCAUUUCGAAUCUAAAACUUUAUCGCUGGGUUCUUUUCUCUUUUAGAUUGGAUUAUUUAGUCUCAAUUUUCAAGCUCUUUUUGAGGAACAUAACAAGCUAGAACCUAAACCUCAAUUAUGUUGUUUUUUAAGUUAUGGGAUUACACAUAAAGGAUAUCAUUGUUAGAAUUUUGUGUCACAAAAACUUCAAGUCUCAUGUUAUGUUGUCUUUUGGGAACACACUAUGUUUUCCUCGUUAUCAAACUUCCAAGUGUCAUCUAUUGAUCAACCUCCACUUUUUACUAACCUUUCUAUUGAGUUAUUUCUUAGUGACUCUGAUGCAGAUACAUUUGAUGAGCUUCAUGAUGCCUUUCUACAUGCUUCACCUGAUUCUAUAAAAGAUGUUCUGUCUGUUGGUUGUAAAUGGAUGUACAAGAUCAAAACUUGGUCUGAUGGUUCUAUGGAGCAUUACAAGGCUCGUUUGGUUGCUAAAGGAUUUACUCAAGAAUAUCAAAUUGAUUAUGAGGAAACCUUUGCACCUAUUGCUCAUCCUAGUUUAGCUCAUAAGGAAGUUUACGUGAAAUCACCUUCUGGACUUAAGCAUCCUCCAAACAAAGUUUGCCGAUGGAAGCGAGAUUUGUAUGGUUUGAAGCAAGCACCUCAAGCUUGGUUUGCCAAGUUUAGUACCACCAUAAGUGAAUUUGGUUUUACUUCUAGUCCUCAUGAUACUACGCUAUUCAUACGCAAGAUUAAUCAUGGUAUGAUUUUACUAUUUCUUUAUGUUGAUGAUAUAAUCAUUAUUGGGGAUGAUAUUUUAUGCAUUCAUGAUCUCAAGCAAUUUCUCAGUUAUAAGUUUGAGAUUAAAGAUCUUGAUGUUUUGAGCUAUUUCUUGGGAUUUGAGGUCAACUUUUCUUAUGAUGGUUAUCUUCUCUCUCAAACAAAAUAUGCUUCUGAUCUUAUAUCUAAAGCUGGACUUGUUGAUAGUAAAACUGCAUCUACUCCUCUUGAGCCAAAUGUUUUACUUACACUCAUGGAUGGUUCUCCAUUAGCUGAUCUUACUCAUUACAAAUAGUUGGUUGGAAGUUUAAUUUAUCUCACUACAACAUGACCAGGCUACAACAUGACCAGGCAUAGCUUAUGCAAUUCAUGUUGUUAGCCAAUUUAUGGCUACACCUCGUUCCACUCACUAUGUAGUAGUACUUUGCAUUAUUCACUAUAUUAAAGCUACUAUUUUUCA